AUGCCUCGAUUUGUUGGGGUUCAUCAACCAUUCAAACCCAGAAACCCAUACUGGAACAAGCCCGCCAAAACCGGUCUACAGAAAAAAUAUUUUCAAAAGAUGAAGAAGGCUGUAAACGCCCGCAAGAAGGAACGGGUUAGAAUUAACAAUAAUUCGAAUGGCGAUGGUCAAGGCUUUGAUUAUGAGGACAUCGGACUUUUGAAUGAUAUGAAUAAUGAAGAAGGACGUCCAUUUGAGAUUCCAGACUUUAUUAAUGAUAUUCACGAAGCGAUACUUGAAGCCGAAAGACAGGAACGGCAACUUGCACUUGAAAAAGCAUUACAAGAAAUGUUUGUCGCUUAUCUGGAAUGUGGAAUGAAGACAAGUGAAUGGGGCAAUCCUACGACAUGGGAAUUUGAUCACAAAUCACAAUGUCGAUGCAUGCCAAGUCAAUGGCGAGAAAGGGAUGUAGAUCUUGUUGACAUAUUAAGUCGCCGGAAGGCUCGGAUUCGGUUUUGUUCCUGUCACCGAAGUGAUUUAACCCGUCUAAUUCUCAUGGGAUACGUUGGAGGCUCGCCCAAAUACCCACAGACAGCCUUUUCAAUCAGGCUUCUUCGAUUCUUCCAUAUUAUGUGGAAGUUCUGUACCGUCCGAAUUGACCCUUUUGUUCGAGCCCUCGAUGGAUUCCUGGAUGCGUUCAAUCCAUUGAUUCUUACCAAAAAAUAA